GUCCUCUCUUUCUUCUCUGCAUGUAAGAACCCGCAGACCUAAGUAUCUGGAUCUCUCUCUCUCUCUCUGUGUCUCUGUUUUCAUAUUUUAAAGAAGAGGUAGGGAGGGUUUCUGAAAGAAGGUGGUGCCAGGAGGAGCUGGAGAAAGGAAGACGAUGAAAUGGUUGCUGGGCAUUGCUGUUUUGGUGGUGGUCGCCUCGUCGUGGUGGUGGUACUGCAGGAGGAGGAGGAGGAAGGAGCGCAAGGCUGGGGUCCCCAAGGGAAGGCUCGGUUGGCCUAUUAUUGGGGAGACCCUCGACUACAUCCUCCAUGGCUACUCCUCCAGGCCUGAGGAUUUCAUGAUGAAGCGACGUGCACUAUACGGGAAGGUGUUCAAGACGAACAUCUUGGGGAGCCCGACGAUAGUGUCGACGGACGUGGAGGUGAACAAGGCCAUACUUCAGAACGACGGGAAGACGUUCGUGCCCUUCUACCCGAAGACGGUGACGGAGCUGCUGGGGAAGUCGUCCAUCCUGCAGAUGAACGGCAGCCUGCAGAGGAAGGUCCACGGCCUCAUCGGCGGUUUCUUCAAGUCGCCGGCGCUCAAGGCCCAGAUCACCCGCGACAUGGACGGCUACGUCCGGCGGGCCAUGCGCCGGUGGACGGACGGCCAGACCGUUCGGAUCCAAGACGAAACCAAGACUAUAACGUUCAGGGUGUUGGUGAAGGCGCUGAUGAGCGUGGAAGGGAAGGAAGAGGUGGAAGAACUGAGGAAAGAUUUCAAAGAGUUCACUGCGGGAUUGAUGUGUUUGCCCCUCAAUCUGCCCUUCACCACUCUCCACAAGUCUCUCCAAGCCAAGAAGAGGAUGGUGGGGAUGGUCAACAAGGUUAUCAAAGAGAAGAUGGGGAAGGGAAGCGGUGAAGUAGUGGAUGCCAUAGAUGCGCUGCUGAAGGAGGUGACUUCCCAUUCCGGCGGUACAGGAGGUGGUGGAGGAGGAGGAGGAGAGGAAGGGGAGGAGAGGCUGUCACCGGAGUUCUUGUCAGAGAACAUAGUCGAGAUGAUGAUUCCCGGCGAAGAUUCCGUCCCCAUUCUCAUGUCCCUGGCCAUCAAGUACCUGAGCGACUGCCCCUCUGCUCUGCAGCUACUACGAGAAGAAAACAUGGAGAUGAAGAGGGAGAAAUCUGAAAGGGGUGAAGCGUUGAGCUGGAACGAUUACAUGUCUUUACCUUUCACUCAGAAUGUGAUCAGUGAAACAUUGAGGAUGGGGAACAUCAUAAAUGGAGUUAUGAGAAAGGCUUUGAAUGAUGUGGAAAUCAAAGGUCACCUGAUCCCAAAGGGAUGGCGUGUAUUGGCCUCUUUUAGAAGUGUUCAUUUGGAUGAAGAAAGCUACGACAGCCCUUAUCGGUUUGAUCCAUGGAGGUGGCAAAGAAGAGAAAGUAGUGGGUGCAUCCACUUUACUCCUUUUGGUGGGGGGCAUAGGCUCUGCCCUGGUCUCGACCUGUCUAGGCUUGAAACCUCCAUCUUCCUUCAUCACUUCACUACAAGCUUCAGUUGGGUUGCGGAAGAAGAUGAGAUAAUCAACUUUCCCACUGUCAGAAUGAAGCGAGGGCUGCCAGUCAUCGUGAAGCCCAUUCUUGAUCUCUGCUCGGUCGACCAGAGCUCCGUCGACUUGUAAAUUUACCAAUCAUGCCCUCAUGUUACAGAAGCAAUUUCGCUCUGCUGUAAAAGGAAUAUGAUAACGUUCCUUGGGUGUGCUGAAAAAGGAAUAUGAUAGUGUCGUUGCAUAACUGUUCCGGGAGAAGAAAUGAUAUCUACUAGUCUAUGCUGCAAAAUAUCUGUUUGAAAAUAACCAUAAGCAUAGUAACCAAAUAUUUAAAG